GAGUAACACGUCACGUUGUCUUUUGGGAACACAUUAUGUUUUCCUCAUUAUCAAACUUCCAAGUGUCAUCUUUUGAUCAACCUUCAUUUUUUACUAAUCCUUCUGUUGAGCUAUUCCCUAGUGAUUCUGAUGCAGGUACAUUUGAUGAGAUCUACAAUGCCUCACCACAUGCUCUAAUUGGUUCUAUAGAAGAUGAUUUGCCUAUUGGUAAUGCAUUGGAUAAUUUUGAGCCUUCCUCUACUUCCUCAUCUAUAUCACUUGUUGAUGUUGCAUCUGAUAUUGUUGAGUCUCUAAAUGAGCUUGUUGUCCCAUCCUCGAGUCAUCCUACUCAGUAUGGAAUAGACUAUGAGAAAUCCUUUGCUCCAGUUGCUCGUCUCACAUCUGUACGUAGUUCGCUUGCUAUUGUUGCUAUAUGGAGAUGGAAAUUGUUUCAAAUGGAUGUGAAAAAUGAUUUUCUUAAUGGUGGCCUAGAAGAAGAAGUUUACAUGAAACCACCUCCUAUGCUCAACCAUCCUCCAAACAAGUUUAGUGCUAUUGUGAUUGAGUUUGGUUUUACUUCGAGUCCACAUGAUACAACUCCAUUCAUUCGUGUUAAGAAGUUAAAACAAUCUCUCAGUCAGAAAUUUGAGAUGAAAGAUAUUGGUGCUUCGAGCUAUUUUCUGGGGCUUGAAGUCACAUCUUCAGAUGAUGGCUACCUACUUUCUCAAGUAAAGUAUGCCUCUGAUAUUGUUUCUAAAGCUGAACUCAAUGAUAGAAAAAGUGUUUCUACACCUCUUGAGCCUAAUGUCAAGCUUACAUCUAUGGAUGGCUUUCCACUUUUUGAUCUUGCUCACUAUUGACAAUUGGUUGGUAGUCUGGUUUAUCUUACUACGACACACCCUAACAUAGCAUAUGCAGUUCACAUUGUUAGUCAGUUUAUGGCUGCUCCUCGCUCCACUCAUUAUGCAUCAGUACUUUGCAUUAUUCGCUAUGUUAAGGGAACAUUGUUUUAUGGACUUCACUUUUCUGCUCACUCAUUUCUUAGA